AUGAGGAAGGAGGAGGAGGUGUGGAGCGCAGUGCAGUGGUGGGAGGAGUGGCAGCUGCGGAUCCUGGUGUUGGGCAGCCUGGGAAUCCAGUGGUUCCUCCUGCUGGCCGCACCCAUGCGCAAGUACACCAUCCCUCACUUCCUCAGGACGUUCAUCUGGCUCGCCUACAUCAGCAGCGACGCCCUCGCCAUCUACGCCCUCGCCACCCUCUUCAACCGCCACGCCGCCGGCGCCGGCAGGAGGCGCCACUGCGCCAGCGGCAGCGUGCUCGAGGUGCUCUGGGCUCCGGUCCUCCUCAUCCACCUGGGCGGCCAGCGGGAGAUGUCCGCCUACACCAUCGAGGACAACGAGCUGUGGCGGCGGCAGACCGUCACGCUGGUGUCCCAGGUCACGGUCGCCAUCUACGCCUUCUACAAGUCGUGGCCGGCCGACGGCGGCGACAGGCGGCUGCUCCUGUCGGCCGUCCUGCUCUUCGUCAUCGGCGUGCUCAGCUUCACCGAGAAGCCGUGGGCGCUCCGCCGCGCCAGCAUCAACCGGCUGGCGGCCGUGUCGUCCACGGUGCAGGCCGGCAAGCCGGUCAGCAAGUGGAGGUACUGCUUCACCCAGCUGGAUUUGGGCACGGACAAGAGCGCCCAGCGCAUCGUCAUGACAGAUAGAGACAAGGUAUUGCUGAUACUCUCGGACAUGUCGCUGCUCGCCGCCGACUCUGACCUCAAGCAGGAACAGCGCCGUCGCCGCCAACGCAGAUCCUUGGUGGGAGAAGAACACGAGAGCACGGAGGAGGUGGAUGGAGAUUUGCUGACCCUAAGCCCUAGGGCAGAGAUGGGCUCCAAGCGGUGGCUCCGGCGAGCCUUCGGGCUCAUCUACACCAGAGCCAACGUGGUGCUGACGCCGGCGUACCUGGCCUACCACCUGCUGCUGGUGCCGUUCCUUCACGUCACCGCCAUCGCGCUCUUCGCCACCAGCGGCAAACGCCAUUACAGCGCCGUCGACGUGAAGACCACCUACGUGCUCCUCUGCCUCACCGCCGCGCUGGACAUCCUCGCGGAGUCCAUCCGCCAGCUGCUGUUCAAGCUCAUGUCCAUGGCGGGCAUCUCGGCGCUGUGCGAGACGGUGCCGCAGUACGACAACCUCAUCCGGUCGGCGCUCCGCCGGACGCAGCCCGCCGGGGCGCUGCUCAAGUGCGCCGCGAACGUCGGCUACACGGAGGGGUUCUUCGUCUGCCGGCGAAGGAACCUGUACCGCAUGCUGGCCGGGCUCAUCUUCUCCGACCUGGUGGGGGCGAACGCCAGGGGCCUCGACUUCACCAGCUACCGGAGCUUCUCUCCGGGGCGCCGCAACUGGGUGCUCAACGACGCCCUGCGCGCGGCGUGCGGCCGCGAGGUACGGGACAGCCUGCGCGGGUCCUUCGACAGGGGCGUCAUCCUCUGGCACAUCGCCACCGACCUCUGCUGCAUCCGCCGCACCGACGACGUCGACGCCAUUGACGAGAAAUUUCUCGAGUGCACGGAGGCGAUAUCCGACUACAUGGCACACCUUCUGAACCUCCGCCCCGACAUGCUCAUGACCGGCAGCAGGCAGCACCUCUUCACGCAGGCCAUGGAGGAGGUGGAGCUCAUCCUGAAGGACAUCGAGUCCCAGCAGCAGCAGAGCCUCAAGAAGCUGACACCACGAGUCCUGGCGGAGAAGAUCAUGGAGAAGGCAGCAAGAGCGGAGCCGGCUCCCCCCAGGUACCCUCUCGUCCACGACGCGUGCAGGCUCGCGGAGGAGGUGAUGGGCAUGGAGGUGAAGACACGGUGCCAGGUGAUGUACCGCGUGUGGGUGGGCAUGCUCUUCUACUCCGCCAGCAUGUGCAGGGGGUACCUCCACGCCAAGAGCCUCGGCGAGGGCGGCGAGUUCCUCUCCGUCGUCUGGCUCAUCCUCUCGCUCAAGGGCGCCAAGACCUUGGCCGACAAGCUCCAGAUGCCGGAGCCGGAGACGGAGCCGAAGCCGGGGCCAUGUUUCCCUGGACAAGGAGAGCGUACUGCUGCCGUCGCAACCGCCGACGAAGACGGCGAGGACCUCAGCUUCCUCCUGCUUCCUCGUCGAUCAUAGUUACCUCCUAUCCUAGUACUAAUUUACUUGCUUCUUAAUUAAUUAUACUCCUCUUAGCUGCUAUGACUAGCUACUAGUUUCAUGAGUGCUCAUUUGUACUGUUGCUAGCAAUUCUUCUACGUGUUUCUUUCCCAGAUGAACUUCCCA